AUGAUAUAUGUCGUUGGGUUUCUUUCGUGGGCAGAAAGAAUCCACUUCAUCCAUCUCGGAAACCCGCUGUUUGAGAGAUCCACGGUCUACAUUGACGGCGAACAAGGAAUCGACACGGAUCGAACAAGCAGUACCGCUUAUCUCCCCGAUGAAGACAUCCUCGUCCAGCGAGUAAUCAAACGCGCCUCCGAAAUCCAAGGCUACACGGACGGGGAUCACCAUGAAUCGUUACAACUGACGCGAUAUGGCGCCGGCCAGCUCUUCCGUCCCCAUGUGGAUCCCCUCGAAGACAGUAGCAAUGAUACGUCAACACAUCGGUUGACAACAAUUUUCGCAACUGUCGAAGCGACAUGCAAUGGAUGUGGGACUCAAUUCCCAAAUCUUCACAUCAAUUGGACAAUGGAGGAUCCAAGCUGGCGUCAAUAUGUAGAGUGCGAAGACAUCGAUGCUCUCACAGUCAAGGCUGUUCCCGGCAACGCAUUGUUCUGGAAGAGCUGGACGAACGCGAGGAGGCUUGACCCCAGGACACUACACGCUGGCUUACCUCCCGAAAACGGUAUCAAAACUGGUCUUAAUAUCUGGACUCAUGGAUAA